CUCCGCACAGACGGGGCGGGCGGCGCGGAUAGGAGCCCGGGAGGCCAUGGGGACGGGGGCCGGGCCGGCGAUCGCGGGCCAGCGGGAGCCCCGCGUCUGAGGAGCGGGCGGCGGGGGCGGCGGGGGCCAUGACCUCGGUGUGGAAGCGCCUGCAGCGCGUGGGCAAGCGGGCCGCCAAGUUCCAGUUUGUGGCCUGUUACCACGAGCUGGUGGUAGAGUGCACCAAGAAAUGGCAGCCAGAUAAGCUGGUGGUGGUAUGGACCCGGCGGAACCGACGCAUCUGCUCCAAGGCCCACAGCUGGCAACCGGGCAUCCAGAACCCAUACCGGGGCACCGUGGUGUGGAUGGUGCCGGAGAAUGUGGACAUCUCCGUGACCCUAUACAGGGACCCGCACGUGGACCAGUAUGAGGCCAAAGAGUGGACGUUUAUUAUUGAGAAUGAGUCCAAGGGGCAGCGGAAGGUGCUGGCCACGGCCGAGGUGGACCUGGCCCGCCACGCGGGGCCCGUGCCCGCCCAGGUUCCGCUGCGGCUGCGGCUGAAGCCCAAGUCGGUGAAGGUGGUGCACGCGGAGCUGAGCCUCACUCUCUCGGGGGUGCUGCUGCGGGAGGGCCGCGCCACGGACGAUGACAUGCAGAGUCUCGCGAGUCUCAUGAGCGUGAAGCCCAGUGACGUGGGCAACUUGGACGACUUUGCUGAGAGUGACGAGGAGGAGGCUAAUGGUCCAGGGGCCCCUGAGGCACGGGCUCGUGUCCCCCAGCCAGGCCGGGGCGGUGCCCUGAGGCUGGGGCGUUUCCCAGAUCCCUCUCGGGAGCUGAGGACACUUCGUGAGGAGGAGGAGGAGGGCCGAGUGCAACCCCGGCAGACAGUUGCCAGCCCUUCUAGUGCUGAGGAUAACAGCCCAGCCCCUGUGAGUGCUCCUGCGCCCCCAACCAGGGCCUCCCGGGGCCAGGGGGCAGAACCAGCUACUGUAGCUGGGGGCCAGGUGGGGCCUGAGGCCCCAAGGCCCCCGGGAACCCCACUGGAGACGAGGUCCUCCAGAGAGCCAGACCAGGAUGUGGCCCCCACCCCAGCUCCUCGGCUCCGGAAAGGCUCUGAUGCCCCCUGGCCCCCAGUCCCCCAAGGGGAGGACAAGGCCCCCAAAGCCUCAGGGCCUCCCCCGGCAGGAGUGGGUUCUGCCGGGGAGACCCAGGCCCAGGCAAGCCCUCAGGAAGGGACAGAGGCCCAGGGAGCCGGGCCGGGCCCAGGCAUUGAGGACAGAGGUUCCAGAGACUCUUCGGGAGGGCAGAAAGCCAAAGUUGAGGAGGGGGUCGCUGGGGACAGGCCAGAGGAGAGUGGGGUGGCCACUGAGCAUGGGUCAGGAGUCAGAGAGGUGAACACUAAGAGGUCAGAGGUCAGAGUUGGGGAAACCAAAGAGAGUUCAGAAGUUAGUCAAGUGGAUGCUGAGCAGAGGUCACAGGUGAGACACGUGGACACUAAAGGACCAGAGGCUACAGGGGUGACAUCUGAGGCAAGAUUCAAGGGGACUCCUGAGGUUCCUCCAAGGAGUUCUCAGGGGAGGAUGGGGGUUAGGACCAGGGAUGAGGUUCCCACAAUCCUGAGCCCACCUCUAGCAGAGCCCGCAGGUCACUCCGGGGAUCUCGGUGACCUCAGAGGGGCCAGGGCUGCUACAGGCCAGGAGAGAGAGGAUGCAGAGGUGAGGGGUGGAGCCCCUGGUAUUGGGGGGACAGGCCUGGAGCAGGGCCCCUCUGUUGGAGCAGCGAGCGUCAGGCCCCAGGUGAGCAGGUACCAGGGGGCCCCACCAGCAGCUGACCAGGGGGCGAUGUCUAGGGAUCUGGGGGUCUGGGAGGCAGAAGCUGGGGAUUCAAGGGUCCUGGAAACAGAAACUAGGGAGGCAGAGUCAGAGGUGUUGGGGACCCAGGAGACAGAAGCAGUGGGAUCAAGGUUCCCAGAGAUAGAGACCGGGACAGCAGAAGCUGAGAUAUUGGGGGCCCAGGAGACAGAGGCAGGGAGAUCAGGGUUCCUGGAGUCAGAGGCUGCUGGAGUGGCAGAGUCGGAGGAACUGGGGGCCCAGAAAACAGAGGUGAGGAUUUCAGGGGCCCUGGAGACAGAGGCUGGGACAGCAAAGUGUGAGGUACUGGAGACCCAGAAAACAGAGGCUGGGGGUUCAGAAGUUCUGGGGACAAAGACUAGGAUGGCAGAGACUGAGAUAUUGGGGCCCCAGGAGAUAUCUGGGGGUUCAGCGGUACUGAGGAUAGAAGCUGAGAUAGGAGAAUCUGAAAUAUUGGGGGCCCAGGAGACAGAGGUGGGAGGUUCCAGGGUACCAGAGACUGAGGCUGGGAGGGCAGAGGCUGAGAUAUUGGGGGCCCAGGAGACAGAGGUGGGGGUUUCAGGGGUCUCAGGGAUAGAAUCUGAGAGAGCAGGGAUCCAGGAGACAGAGGUAGGGGGUUCAGGGGUCCCAGGGUUUGAGAGUGAGGUAGCCGAAGCUGAGAUAUUGGGGACCCAGGAGAUAGAAGCUAGGUGUUCAGGGGUCCCAGGGCUAGAAGCUGAGAUGGCAGAGACCCAGGAGACAGAGGUGGCGGAUUCAAGAGUCUCAGGGCUAGAGGUUGGAAAGGCAGAGGCUGAGGGACUGGGGACUCAACAGACAGAAACUACAGUUUCAGAGGCUGAGAAGGCAAAGGCUAAGACUUCAGGGGUACAGGAGGCAGGGCUCUGGGGCACCCUCAAAUAUGAGGCUUUAAGAGCCCCACUCACUAAGGCUGGAGUUUUAGGGUCCGUGGGAGCAGAAGCAGAAACUACAGUUUUGAGGGUCCAGGAGGCAGAGGCUGGGAUUUUGGGGGUUUCAGAGGCCAAAUCUGGGGUUUGGGGGGCCCAGGAAGCAGAGACGGGGGUUUUAGGGACUCCAGAGAACCAAUCUGGUAUUUUUGAGGCCCAGGAAGCAGAGGCUGGGGUCUCAGGAACCGAGAAGGGAAAAGCAGCUGAGGGAAGCCUCCCAGAGGCCAGCCUGAUUGAGGCUCAGGUGGCCAGUGGGGCAGGGGCUGGGGUGCCCAGGCCCUCGGGGGCCUCUUCCCCAGAGGAGCCUGAAGAGGACGGGAGGCUGCCGGGCAGCCAGGCACCAUCUGCCCCGGUCAGCUCCAGCCAGUCCCUGCUGGAGUGGUGCCAGGAAGUCACCGCUGGCUACCGCGGCGUCCGCGUAACCAACUUCACUACAUCCUGGCGCAACGGCUUGGCCUUCUGUGCCAUCCUGCACCGAUUUUACCCGGACAAGAUCGACUAUGCCUCCCUCGACCCCCUCAACAUCAAACAGAACAACAAGCAGGCCUUCGAUGGCUUCGCGGCCCUGGGCGUGUCGCGGCUGCUGGAGCCGGCGGACAUGGUGCUGCUGUCGGUGCCCGACAAGCUCAUCGUCAUGACGUACCUGUGCCAGAUCCGCGCCUUCUGCACGGGGCAGGAGCUGCAGCUGGUGCAGCUGGAGGGCGGCGGCGGCGCCGGCACCUACCGCGUGGCCAGCGCCCAGCCGAGCCCGCCUGAUGCCCUGGACGCCGGCGGCCUGGCGCAGCGGCUGCGCGAGCACCGGGCUGAGGCGCCCGAGGAGCCCAAGGAGGCCGUGAACCGCGCGGACGGGGCGGCCCCCAAGGCGGCCUCCAAGGAGCGAGGGGCCGAGGCCGCCCAGGAGGCGCGCUCCGUGGAGUCCCCCGACGGCCCCGGAGCCCGGGCAUCCGUGCCCCCGGCCGAGGGGCUGCUGAACGGGGCGGGGGCGCCGGGCGCCGGGGGCGGCGUGAAGCUUCGGCGGCCGUCGGUCAACGGGGAGGCCGGGCCAGUGCCCCCGCCCCGCGCGCAUGGCUCUUUCUCCCACGUGCGCGACGCCGACCUGCUCAAGAAGAGGCGCUCGCGGCUGCGGAACAGCAGCUCCUUCUCGGUGGACGAGCCGGACUCGGGAGCCGCGGGCGCUGCCGGAGCCGGAGCCGCGGCUGCGGAAGGCCUGAGCCCUGACCCCAGCCCUGCCCCUAGCCCAUCCGCAGCCACAGCCCCGCAGCAGCUCCCUGGUGGGAGUCCCCCAUCGGAGGAGCCACCGCCAAGCCCAGGGGAGGAGGCUGGGCUGCAACGGUUCCAGGACACAAGUCAGUACGUGUGUGCAGAGCUGCAGGCCCUGGAACAGGAGCAGAGGCAGAUAGAUGGACGGGCGGCCGAGGUGGAGACACAGCUGAGGAGCCUCAUGGAGUCAGGUGCCAACAGGCUGCAGGAGGAGGUGCUGAUCCAGGAGUGGUUCACACUGGUCAACAAGAAGAACGCUCUCAUCCGGAGGCAGGAUCAGCUGCAGCUGCUCAUCGAGGAGCAGGACUUGGAGCGGAGGUUCGAGCUGCUGAGCCGGGAGCUACGGGCCAUGCUGGCCAUCGAAGACUGGCUGAAAACGGCCGCGCAGCAGCACCGGGAGCAGCUCCUGCUGGAGGAGCUGGUGUCGCUGGUGAAUCAGCGCGACGAGCUGGUCCGGGACCUGGACCACAAAGAGCGGAUCGCCCUGGAGGAGGACGAGCGCCUGGAACGCGGCCUGGAGCAGCGGCGCCGCAAGCUGAGCCGCCAGCUGAGCCGGCGCGAACGCUGCGUGCUGAGCUGAGGCCGCGCCCUCCCGGCCCGUCGGACCGCAGCUCUUCUCGUCGCCGCCCCGGGCCUGCGCCCCGGAGGACCGGACUCUCCUGGAUGCCGAGCACGGCCUGGAGGGGCCCCGUCGCCCCUCUUCGGGGAGGGGGUAGGGCGGCCCCGUGGGACAGGAGCGGCUGGGCGGCCGCGCCGUCCGGGCCGCAUUUAUUGUCCGUGUGAGUGUGUGUGCGUGGGGCUGGGGCCCAGGAGCGCCGCGCAGAACCCCUCCCCGACGGCAGGGCCCGGGCCGGCCUGGCCCGGGGAGAAGGGUGGCCGUGAGCUAACGCGCCCCCGCCCUCCCCUUCCUGUUGCUGGAGAGCAAUAAAGUUAGGGAAGGCUA